CUCUCUCUCUCGCUCUCGCUCGCUCGCGCUCCCGCACUGCUCCCAUUAGCGCAGCGACAGAAGGUUCGAGCCUGGAGCGCGCGGAGUCUGGAAUGAGCGCGCUCCACCGAGGCGUACCGGACACUCUUUGCUGGCAUUCGGGCCGCUGAGGCACGAGUCGGUGUUGUGGACCGCUGUGGACAGCGCGCGCUGGUCUCCUAGAGAAAUGCCUGGUUACAGACAGCAGCAGCAUUACGGAUAGACUUUAGCAGACACCUGCUCUCAUCUGCAAUGAUGACUAUGAUCCCUUCCUGGUUUCCUCUGUUUGUUUUCAUCUUCUUCAACAGGAUCUUUGAGAACUCGCUGCUGAGUGCUGAGGUGAAGGAGGGAGAGAUUCUGCCUCCCACCAUCCAGAAGCUGAUGAAAGGAUACAACAAGUACCUCAGGCCUUUCUUUGACAAUGGUCCAGUCACCGUGGGCAUGAGUUUGGACAUUGCUAGCAUUGACACUAUUUCAGAGAUCAACAUGGAUUACACAGCUACCAUCUUCCUGAGACAGAGGUGGACAGAUGAGAGGCUUGUGUUUGAAGGAAAUAAGAGCUUGAGUCUUGAUGGCCGUCUGGUGGAACUGCUGUGGGUCCCAGACACCUUCAUUGUGGACUCCAAGAAGUCCUUCCUGCAUGACAUCACCGUGGAGAACCGGCUGAUCCGAAUCUUCCCCAAUGGAACUGUGCUUUAUGCUCUCCGGAUUACCACCACUGUGGCCUGCAACAUGGAUUUGACUAAGUACCCAAUGGAUAAGCAGACCUGCACCCUCCAACUAGAAAGCUGGGGAUAUAACAUCAAUGACGUGAUGUUUUACUGGACAAGAGGAAAUGAAUCAGUCAGUGGAUUGGAUACUCUGCGCCUGGCCCAGUACACUGUAGAGGAUCAUUACACGUCUGUCUCAGAGGCAGUGUAUGAAACAGGUAACUAUCCAAAACUCAUCUUCCACUUCGAGCUGAAGCGAAGCAUUCUGUACUUCAUCCUGGAAACCUAUGUGCCCUCCAGUCUGCUAGUCGUCCUGUCCUGGGUUUCCUUCUGGAUCAGUCAGUCAUCAGUGCCAGCUCGCAUAUGCAUAGGAGUAACCACAGUCUUAACGAUGACCACUCUGAUGAUGGGAGCCAGGACGUCUCUGCCCAAUGCUAACUGCUUCAUCAAGGCUAUAGACGUAUAUCUGGGAAUUUGUUUCAGUUUCAUCUUUGGGGCAUUGAUAGAGUACGCUGUUGCUCACUUCUGCACGCUCCACCACCCAGAUUGCAAUGCACUUAUGUAUGGAGGACACCACAUGCAUGACUGUGAUGAUGAUAUGAACGGCAUUGUCACAACUAUUGCCAGUGACUCCAGCCGAUCUAAGCGACGUAAGGAUUCUCCAACCCCGGCUCCUGCCCCAACCCCUACCGGAGAGCCUGGAGUCGUACCCUCCAGCCCUACUUCCCCAGAGGCUAAGCCCCCAGAGGCCCUGACGGAGCCCCUGAACCGCUGUCUUAAAAACCUAUCCCUCAUAAGACAGAUGCUACGCUCUGUGAACUGCUGUCACGUGGAGAAUCCACAUUACAUAGACAACUACUCCCGCGUAACAUUUCCACUUUCCUUCGUCAUAGUCAACAUGCUGUACUGGACUUACUACUUGUAUUUGUAACACACCAGAGACAGAGUGUUUUGUGGGAGUUCUACUCUGGGUUAAUAUCUAGGGUGAAUUUUAAGUUUGACUGAGCAUGGAGCAAUGUUAACAUCUGUAUGUGAGAUGUUCUCCUGUUUGUAUGUACAUGUGUGAGCAGAGUACAGGCCUGAAAGGCAUGAAAAGAGCUGUAAGAACCAUGUAGGCUGAGAAUAAGGAGAAAGUAUGCAUGAGGAAUGAGUGUACGAGUGUGUGCGAAUAUAUUUGUCUGCAUAUUGAUGUGCCUGAGUGUGUGCAGGUCCUUAUCAUUAAUUCAUCAUUAGGUUGUUGCUGGAUCAUAUUCCUAUUUCUAAUUCUUGCCCAGAUCCUACUAAAAUUUUCAUGUCCUAAUAUGAUGCAAUAACAUGCAAAUGAAAGAGGCCUAAAAGUCAAGUCCGUUCCGGCUGAAACAACAUCAGGAUAUCAUUUUAUCUUUCAUCAACUCUAAUUAUUUCUUUAGUUCUGUCUUUGCGCAUCAGUAUUUGAAAGAAUUGUCAUGUUCCUCAGCCACGUAAAAUGUUGUUAUGCUCUUGUCUGGGCCUUUCCCUGUUCCCUCCUGUUGUUCUGCCACCAUGGGGCUUUGCUCUCUGAGUUAUUGUGCUGGUUAAAUUGCUGGGCAGUGCUGCUGGGGGCAUACUGAAGCUAUUGCUCUUUCUUUAUUGCCUCCGUAAAUCCUCUGGCCCUGGCUCCCUCCCCUAACAGGUUAUGGGAUCGACUCUCAUUGCAGGCCUGUGUAAACGAUUUUAUAUGAUUUGGCAUUAAAUUAUUCAUUUUGCAGUCCAUUUUACAAGCAGGCAAUGUGCCAAGGCCAUGUCUAGUUGCAAAGAAACAGACCACUGAUGGACAAAAUGGACAUAUGAGUUGACGGUCCACUGUAUCUCAGCUGCACUGUUCAGACCCAGGUGACUCAUUGGCUGAACAGUUAGUGACAUUGCAGUGUUGACCUUCCAAACACAAUUCCACGGUUAAAUAAAACGUGAUAUGGGACAAAUGUAAGACAUUCUGCAUAUUUGGAGAGUCCAUUUGAAACUUCAUUUGGUCUAAGGCCCUAUUCUUUUUUUUUCAGAAGUGAACAAAGAAGCACUUAAUAUUUUGUCUGGAAAAAUUAAGCCUAUUUAGAGGCCAAAGAGGUCCAAAAUUAGGUCACAAAUCCAAAAAAAAAUGGUUAUGUUGAUUAUCAGUAUCAAAGAGGAUGGACCAAAGACAUUUGUGUUUAAAAUAUACAUGAUUCAUCCUUAAAGCAGAGCAUUGACCCUAUACAUGAAUUGAUCAGUAACAAUAAUCACAUAGUGAUUUCGCAGAAUAAACUAGGCUGACAUUUAGGAUGUAUAGGAUGGGGUAAAAACAUGAAUACAGCAUGCAAUGCCCCCUACUUUUCCUUUUCAAUGCCUUCUAGCUGGAGAAAACUAUUACAAGUGCUUGAUUUUGCAUUUAUAUUUGAUGCAUGUUACUUUUUCCUUCCCUGACUAUACAGGAUUCCAUAUAUAUAUAUAUAUAUAUGUAUGAAUAUAACAUGUAAUUGUAAACGUAAUACUUUUUUUUAAAUUGGGCAAGUCAGAUGGUGAAAAACCUGGAACCAAUGCCUUGUGUGUGUGAUUUUGUGUAAAUAACAUUGAAAACCAUUUAUUACAUUUUUCCUUAAGAGUUUAAUUGAAUUGUACAUGAUUUGGUUUGUAAAGCUCAAGCCUGACUUAAAGCAUUCCAUGCUUUCCUUCCAUGUGGAAGUUUAAGUGGAUAAGAAGGAGGUGGAUAGAAGUUAAUACUAAGUUAAGAACUUAAGUCAUCUAUUCAUAUUUAAGAUCUUAAAAUUAGGUAAAAAAAAGCAGGUAAAGCAGGGCCCCUCCACUGCACCCUCCCAUUUUUACAAACAGUUGCAUUCCUUUUUAAUCAAUCAUAAUGCCAGUUGUUCAGUACUUCAUGAGUAACUACACCCUGACAGGUCACGUCAUUAAGUAUGCUAGCUUAUGUCUACACUCAUUGAUAUCAGCUCCACUUACUAUAUAGGUGCACUUUGUAGUUCCAAUUACAGACUGUAGUCCAUCUGUUUCUCUGUAUACUAUGUAAGCCCCCUUUCACCCUGUUCAGGUCAGGAUCCCCACAAAGCAAGUAUUAUUCCGCUGGUACGAGUGGAUCAGACUCACCAGUGCAGCUGGUAAAAACUGUGUCCACUUGCUGUCCACUCUGUUAGACAAACCUAAUAUAGUGGACAGUGGUCCACCAUUAGCAUGUCUGUGCACAGUUUGUGUAGUCAUGUUCAUUAGUGGUCACAGGACACUGUCCACAGAACACUGUUGAUCUGAUAUUUUUGGUUGGUGGACUUUUGUCAGUCCACCAGUGGCACUGAUGUGUUUAAAAACCCCAGCAGCAUGCCACCACAUCAGUAUCACUGCAGUGCUGUGAAUGACACACCACCCAUAUAAUAACUGCUUUGUGGUGGUAAUGUGGGGGGUCCUGAUCAUUGAAGAACAGGGCAAAAUGGGGCUAACAAAGUAUGCAGAUAAACAGAUGGUCUACAAUCUGUAAUAGUCUAACUGCACAAUGCACCUAUGUGGUAAGUGGAGCUGAUGAAGUGGACAAUGAGUGUAGAAACAAAGAGGUAUACCUAAUGAAGUGGAUGGUUGUCACAGAAUACUGUGCGUUGGGGAUUCCAUUCAUUUCCUCCAACAUAAAGUUACAUUUUCCUGCAUGAAAUGUGCCUUUAUAUAACAGCACCCUUUCAUGUGACCUAUAUGAUAAUUUAUCUUUUAAAAAAUGAUGCCCAUUUUUUUUCUCACUGAAAAUCUAUGCCUCUUAAAUUCUGAAUUUCUAUUAAGGAAAAUCUUAAACCAUGCUACAGUCUUCCCAGGAUUAAUUCGCAGAGUUCAUUAAUGGAACGCAUGGUAAACAUAUUAUUUAUUUUAAUAAGAGGGCUGUUAUUAUUUGAAUGCCUUUAUUUCAGAACAGCAUAUUUUUUGAGGCAUUUAGGGCCUUAUUUUAAUCAAACGGUGCUUGAUGCCAUUAGCUCCUUCAAGGAAUCUUAACAUUUUAUGACUCCAUUUUUAACAUCUGGAUUAUAAUUGCUUUCAUCAAUGGAACAUGUGAGCAAAAAACAACCAGUACAAUACCAAUCAUCACAUGGAAUAUUGGUGUGAUUAUUAUCUGCACAGUAGAUUGCUGAUGAGUGCCAAAGAGUACGUUCAUAAGUCUAAAAGCAAUCACACCAUAUAGAAAUAGCGCUCAAGAUAACUCAAUGUAAAUUAGGUUUUUUCUUGAGUUUCUUAUCUGUUUUUUUGGAAAUGCUGAGUUAUCUAGUUGUUCAUUGCCUGACUAAUAAGGCUUUAUACUGGUUUUGUUCUCUUGAUGUUUUAUCAUAUCUCUGAUAGUGGCUGUGAAUCACUACAACUUUAUGGAGUCAUUUGUAACAUUAAUCCAGCAUUUGGAUGGACCUGACUAUUCAAUGCAGUAUGUACAGAUUUUACUCUCUUGUGAAAACCAACCAUAUGGACAGCAGCAGACUAUUACUUUGAAGUGUUUUACUUUUUUUAGCAUGAUUUGCCAGCUGGGCAUACAGUAUGAAUGGUAUGUGUUGGCAUCUGAAGAUGUCACUGACUUCCUUUUGUUUAUAUUUGUGUAUACUGUAUCAUUGAAACAUUCUAUACAGUUGGAUAACUGGAAAAAUGGAUGUAAAUAUAUUGUUACACUCUGCAUGCUUUCUUGAUGUCUCUUGAUAAUGGUAAUAGUAAUCAUAAUAAACAAAAAAGAUAUUAUCAUCUUUACUUCUUGAUAAAUAAUUAAUAUUGAUAAAUAUUUGAAGUGUAAAGGCAUAUAAUUCUGAAAGAAUAACACCCGGGUAUUAGACUUAUUUAUGUAUAAAGAAAUACAAUACAAGCAUGCUGUGACAACAUUAUGAGGAAUAGUACAUUUGUUCCAUCUGACUGAAUUGGCAGUGCUGAAAAUCUCAGAAUCAUGAAAGCAGGCAGUGAAUUGUAUCAUAUAAUACCAACGUUCCAGAAAAAUCAUGUUACACAGAGAUUAUGUCUGGGUCCACUAUAAUCUCUACACUACUCUCAUUUAUUCAUGAAAGAACCAUUAUUAUUUAUAAUAUGAUUACUGCUGAUCAUAUUUCAAAUUUGAUUUCUACUUCAAUAAAAUAUUAAGCUAUAUUAUACACCCAGUGACUACUAUAUUAGGCACACCUACAGUGAAUCUACAGUCAUUGGCCAUUUAAUGCAUUUGUCCAUUAAAUCCAUUUACCAUAUGGGAACAUUUCUUAAUUUUGUAGUUGCACAAUUACAGAUUGUAGUCCACCUGUUUCUUUGUAUUAUACGUUACCCUGUCAGGACCACCUCAGGACCACCAAAAAGCAGGUGUUGUUGCACAGUUUGUGUUAUUCAACCUCUAGUCCUUUAUUAGUGGUCAGUUUCUGGACACAGGAUACUGUUUGCUGGAAAUUCUUGCUUGGUGGACUGUUCGAAGACCAGCAGUGACACUAAGAUGUCACACAUUAACUUGCCAUCACCGCAUCAGUGUCACUGCAGGGCUGAGAAUGAUCCACCACCCAAACACAUGCUCUGUGGGUGUCCUGUGGGGGUCCUGACCAUUGAAGAACAGGGUAAUGAGGUAACAAAUCAUAGAGAUAAACAGAUGGACUGUAAUCUGUAAGUAUAGAUCCACAAAAUGUACCCAUACGUUAAAUGGUACAGGCCAGUGAGUGUAUGAUAUAUGUUUUUGUCAUAUAUAAUUAGCUUUAUAGACUUUCCAAGGUCACAAUGAAAAUGGAAACAUGCACAAACCCCAAAGGGUCAAAUGUUCAUGCAGCCGCAUACAAAUAAAUAAAUAAAUAAAUAAAUGAGGAUUUGCACAAUACCUGAUGAUAGAAGGCCAAAAGCCUUAAGAAAGUUGAAGUGAAAUGUACAUGCAUAACUACAUAUGAGUUUACAUUCAUAAUUACAGAAUAUUUUACAAUAUAACGAAGCUGAAUAUGCUUUAUAACACAGUUUACCCCAAGACUGGAACUCUAUCUUGUAGGGUGGUUGCACAUUACACUCAAUUGCCUCUGAGUCCAUAAAUACAUGAAUACAAUGUAUACUUUUUUAAAUAAGAAGGUGAAAUAUCUAAAAAAAUCAUUUGAAGUGUUUUCUUACUUUAGUUCUACCCUUAGAUGUACAACUGAAUUGUCCAAGACUUGUUUGGUUUGUAAUGUUUAAGUCUGAUUCAGUUUAAGGAGCGAUCCAUGCAGAUGUUUAAAAUGUGAAUCAAUAAAAGUAUGAAAAAAAGUA